AUGGUUUCGAAAUCCACAGCGAAAAUUCGUAACAUUAAAAAACUAUCGAAGUCAGUAGCUAGUUUAUCUGGAAACAAUAAAAAUAGCCAUUCAAAAGAUAGAAAUCAUCCCAAUAACGGUCAUGAUGAUGACGACGACGACGACGAUGAUGAUGAGAAUGCCUAUAAUCUACGUGCUUUUGUAAAACUUCUAAACGAAAAACGUUCGUCAUCAGUCUCUCUAUGCCGUAUCCCAGCACAAUAUUGUAGUUUUUUUGAACUACUCAACGCAGAUAAUGAAUCCAUCGAACCGUAUAAGAAAUUAAGUGAGCUACCUGAAAUGGAGCCUGAUUAUGAGGAUGCAGAUCGGCGUACAGAAAAAUCGCCGGUUCACAUAUUUCUUCGUCGUUCUUGCAAUGCAUACAAAAGAAAGGAUUCUGUGGAUUAUCUACGUAUAGCAACAGCUGGUGAUUACAAUUCGAAUCGGACCGCUAGCUCUGAUUCAUGUUAUGGUUCAUCGUCUGAUUUGGAUGCACACAAAAAUGCACCUAUACUAAAUGAAACUCCCGAAACACUUUCUGCAGGUCAAAUUAUCGCUCUUCUUGAUACUUGCUACGCUCAUCGGACACAUAUAUUAGGUGGAGAUAUCGAACAACGCGCACCACCCACACCAUCAUCACCGCACUUCUCACCCAUAUCCUGGAUGAGAUCGACGUCGAAAAUAUUUUCAUCGAGAAAGAAUCGUCAUUCUAAUGCGAGUGAUUCGUCAUCGAGUGAACAUACGCCUAAAAGAGUCACUUUCGAAACAUUUGAACUUUAUAUGAAGUGUCAAACGAAACAUGGUCAUAUUGUUUACAUCGGUGUUGAUGAGCCUGUCAUCUUCAGUCCACUCAGUCGUAAAGCUCACAGUUCAAGAGCUAAACCAUCAUGGAAGGAUGUUGACAUAUCGGACGUUUUUAAAAUCAAUGAUCUACUUUCAAACUUUCGUUUUCCAAUCAACGUUCGUCUUUUGGACGGUCCGCUCUCGUUCGAUAAUAUUUACGCACCUGCUCUUAUCAAUCGAGACGACGAAACUCGUCUAACACCAACGAAAUUUCGUCUACUGGGGUCACAUAAUGAACGCGUGGUUUUUGCUUGUCCGCUCAACAAAGCUGCGUUGAAAGCGUCGAAAAGUCCAAUCAGUCAUAUUCUGCUUCCGCUCUCCGUCAAUGCUGAUAUUGACAUUCAGCCUAUUGCCAAUAUGAGUCAGAUUAUGCAAUCGGCUGGCUUUCAUCGAAUUAUAGAAGAGUGCUCGCAAAUAAUCAAAUACUAUCAAGCUGAAAUUACUCUCGUGCACUUUCCGCUCUCAUUAAUAGGCGAUUCGAAUCAAGAUAAACAAGCAUUGUACAAAAAGCGUUCACAAUCUGUUUCGUACGAUGACUAUUUCGACGAGGAUUCCAAUUCUGAAUAUGAACAGUCGGCUCCACGCCUUAGCGAUUAUCGACAACGUCGUCGUUAUUCGGACGAGGCAACGUUUUUAACAGCGCGUUCAUUGCAUAAUCGCGAUAGCGACAAUACAACUGUCGAAAAUACACCAAGAGAUACUGUUCGGCAGGAACCGAAAUCAUCACGUUCAAAUUUACAUGUUCGAAUCAAAGAUGACAGAAAAUAUCGAUCUACGCGAGAGUUAGAUCCUGAUGAAGAAAAUCGGAUCUUAGACGAUAUGGAUACAAUUUACGAUUUUAUUCGUGUGGGCGACAUGCCAAAGGAUUUGAAAGAAAGGCUCACUUAUGAACAGUUCGACGAUGAUAUUCCUACAUCAAGUUCGACAACAAAGACGUCCAAUCCGUUCACACCUACGAUUAAUGUUACUCCAGGAGCAAUCGCAACGCAUCGAUUUUCUCCGAGAACUCCUGAUCGUCAUCGACAGAGUCAGCGUAAUAAUGACGAUGACAAUGAUGAUGGCGAUGGUAAUGUCAACAAUGACCAAGCUCGUGCACUCUACCUAGCCGAGAAGCACCGUAAAAAAGCUCAAUCACAACACGAUAUAUCUCAUUCGAGUUUGGCUGCUAAAUCGAAAAGGAAAACUAAGCAUUAA